AUGGACUGUGGAGUGGAACCACUCUCAGUUCCCACAACUCUCAUCGUCAAGGACACGCUCGCGAAUUUCCAAGAGAUCACCUCCGAUCAUAUAGGAACGAGCCGGAACCUGAUGCAAUUGCAGUCGCACCAGAACCUGGGACGCCAUCACUCCUUCGGAAAGCCGACAUCCACAGACCCAGUCAGCGCCGGCUCUUUGAUCCACGGCAACUACUCCCAUGCAGAACAGAUGCCCGAUGCAGACCUUGGGAAGUGCCUGCUUAAAGGUCGCAGAAACUUUGAGACAGAUCCACGGGGCGUGCCCUCCGUGCGAUUUGACAAAGUUGCCCCACCUCUCGAGAAAAGAUCUGUGGCCAAUGACACCAACUACGGCGACGACCUCCAUGCAGGAUCUUUAAUCACGCCGACCCGCUUCCAAUUCCUCGGCAUUUCUGCGGAGGAUUUCGUGCAGAAACGGCCGGUCGCGGAGGUGGCGAGUCUUCUCCGGGGAGCUGGCUUCUGCGAGGGGGACGAGAAGCUUGAUGCCAUCGUGCAGCGGGCAGGAAGCGAGGAUGGUAACGGAAAAGCCUCAUUGGAGGAUGCGCUGGGGGCCAUUGAAGAGUGGCUGUCGACUGAGACUAAUUGA